AUCAUUACCGUUUUGCUUCUUCUCCUUUCCUACAUCCUUUGCUUCUCCUUUCCCACAAGUCACUAUCCCUAACCGUCGUCUCAUUCAUUAGGUUUGAUCACAAUGAUUGGAUCGUUUCUGACAAGAGGGCUUCUGUAUAAUGGUGUUUGGAUAUGCGUAUCCUGCUUAUGAGUGCUACAAAACGGUUGAACUCAACAAGCCUGAGAUUGAACAACUUCAGUUCUGGUGCCAAUAUUGGAUUAUUGUAGCUGCUUUAACGAUUCUCGAACGAGUUUGUGAUGCUCUUGUUUCCUGGUUACCAAUGUAUAGCGAGGCAAAGUUGGCAUUCUUCAUUUAUCUCUGGUUCCCGAAGACCAAAGGAACUACGUAUGUGUACGAUUCUUUCUUCAGGCCAUACAUCUCAAAGCAUGAAAAUGAAAUUGACCGCAGCUUGGUUGAGGUACGAACUAGAGCUGGUGAUAUUGCAAUGAUAUAUCUCCAAAAGGCAAUUAGCCAUGGACAGACUAGAUUCUUCGAGAUCUUGCACUACAUUACAGAACACUCUACACCAAAAUCUCACUCUCAGGAAAAGAAACAGACAACAACACCUGAAGUUGAUAAACCAAUUCUUCAGGUGAAAGAAGUUGAGGCCACUAAGUGAGGUAGAGGCGACUCAUCCAAUAGAAUAACAGCUAAGACUGACUUGUUGAAGUACUAACUAUGAAUCAUCUUCUUCCUUUCUUUACUGUAUCAUACAUAUGUAUUAGUGUUAAAUUCAUAUCUCAAAUGUAAAUUGCUUCGGAAAAUAAAUAAAGUUGUACUUUGUAAUCAA